CUCCGUGUGCAGGUAAGCAGGAGGAGAGGAGUGUUCAUCGCAGCCAUGCAGGACAGACAAGGCACACCUCUGGGGACGCUGCAACCGCAGACACGAUGCCUGCGAUGCGGGGAUGUACUGGAGUGGUCAGAGGAGCACAGUGUCCUCCUGGGCUGUUCAUGCUGCUCUACUGUGGACGAGACCAUGGAGAAUGUAGCCAGGGGUCUGGCCAGCAGAAUCAAAAUGGAGAAGAGUCACUGGUCAACUGGAAGAGUGGGCGACAUUGACUUCAUUGGCUCUUCUAAGACAAGAGGAAAGUUUAUGAGGGUGUCUAGCAACACAGACCCAGUGCUGAUCUACCAGAUGCUGACACAAGAGUGGGGUCUUGCUCCUCCACACUUGGUGGUGGAACUGGUGGGAGGAGAUGAGCUGUUUCAGAUGAAGCCCUGGCUCAGGGACACUCUCAGAAAAGGACUUGUGAAGGCUGCACAGAGCACAGGGGCAUGGAUUUUGACUAACGGCCUUCGCUUUGGCAUCACCAAACACUUGGGCCAGGCAGUGCGAGAUCACUCCUUGGCCAGCACCUCCUCUAAAGUUCGCGUAGUGGCAAUUGGCAUCGCACCCUGGAACAUGAUCCACAACCGAGAGGCACUACUCUCUGCCAAGGUGGAUGAGCCAGCAGUAUACAAGCCACAGGACUUACCCCAUGGGUCAGUGUAUUCCCUGGACAGCCACCACUCUCACUUUGUGCUGGUGGAGGAGGAUCCAAACAGAUCAGGAGCCACCAGCGAAAUGAGAAUGAAGCUGCUCAAACACAUUUCUCUUCAGCGCACUGGUUAUGGAGGUGCAGGAAGUUUUGAGAUCCCUGUCCUGUGUCUGUUGGUCCACGGGGAACCCAGGAUCCUAAAGCGGAUGUAUAAAGGCAUUGGCAAUUCGACACCAUGGCUGAUUCUGGCAGGCUCAGGAGGUGUGGCUGACAUCCUCGUCACGCUGAUGAAUAGGGGCUGCUGGGAUACGGACAGUGUUCAUGAGCUGCUGCUGGACACCUUUCCAAAUGCCCACCACAGCACAGACAUCAGUAACUGGGUCAAGCUGAUCCAGAAGAUAUUGGAUCACGGGCAUCUCCUUACUGUCCAUGACCCUGAACAGGAGAGCUCCGAGCUGGACACGGUCAUCCUCAAAGCUCUAGUCAAGGCUUGUAAGAGCCAAAGUCAGGAAGCCCAAGACUUCCUUGAUGAACUAAAGCUGGCUGUGGCCUGGAACAGAGUAGACAUUGCCAAGAGUGAUAUCUUUAAUGGAGAUGUGGAGUGGAAGGCAUGCGACCUUGAAGAGGUGAUGAUGGAUGCAUUGAUCAAUGACAAGCCUGACUUUGUGCGCCUCUUUGUGGACAACGGUGUGAACUUGGGUGAGUUCCUUACCUACGGUCGUCUACAGGAGCUCUACUGGUCUGUGUCGGAGAAGAGCCUCCUCCACAACCUGCUCCUCAAAAAGUAUGAGGAGAAACAGCUUCUGCUUGGUGCUGCCAGGACACCCGGCCCUCCUGGGCACCACCCGCCUGAGCAGGGGGACCGGAAACCCCGCUUCACCCUGUAUGAGGUCGCCAAAGUGCUGAAAGACUUUCUCCAUGACUCCUGCAAAGGCUUUUACCAAAAGAUUCCCACAGAGAAGCCGGCGAAGGGUCGACUGUUCCACAGCCAGAAGAACCUGGCUGAGUUAGAGGAGCGCUGCGAACAUCCUUGGAGGGAUCUUUUCCUCUGGGCUGUCCUUCAGAACCGACAGCAGAUGGCUAACUACUUUUGGGCCAUGGGCCCUGAGGCUGUUGCAGCAGCGCUGGCGGGUUGUAAGAUUUUGAAAGAGAUGGCACGACUGGAAUCUGAGGCUGAGUCUGCACGUAGCAUGAAGGAGGCCAAGUAUGAGCAGUUUGCCCUUGAUGUCUUUGGAGAGUGUUACUCCAACAGUGAAGACAGGGCUUAUGCUUUGUUAGUGAGGAGAACACACUGCUGGAGCAAAUCUACAGUCCUUAACCUGGCAACAGAGGCAGAUGCCAAAUCCUUCUUUGCCCAUGAUGGAGUUCAGGCUCUCCUCACAAAGAUUUGGUGGGGAGCGAUGACAACAGACACAGCCAUCUCCAAACUUGUGGUGUCUUUUUUCUGUCCACCUCUCAUCUGGACCAACCUCAUAAAGUUCAGCGAUGAGGAGCUGGAUAAUCGUAAUGGUCGAGAGCAGUUUGUGGAACUGGACAGUCUGGAUACAGAAGACGCUCUACUGCUAAGAGAUGAUGAUGACUCUUUGGACUCUCCAGCUGGAGGCCCAGCAGCUCAAAGCUGUGCCUCAGUGUGGUGGCGUUUCUUGCUCCGCCGCUGGCGUCGCUUCUGGAGUGCUGCUGUCACUGUGUUCCUUGGUAAUGUCAUCAUGUACUUUGCCUUCCUCUGCCUCUUCACUUAUGUGCUCCUGCUGGACUUCCGCCUACCGCCGCCCUUGGGACCUGGAGCCCCAGAGAUUAUACUCUACUUCUGGGUCUUCACCUUGGUGCUGGAGGAACUUCGACAGAGCUUCUUUACGGAUGAAGAGAUGAGCAUCUUGAAGAAGUUCAAACUCUAUGUGGAGGACAACUGGAACAAGUGCGACAUGGUUGCCAUCUUACUCUUUGUUGUCGGAGUAUCGUGCAGGAUGGCUGAAGGCACCUAUGAGGCAGGAAGGACAGUUCUGGCAAUAGACUUCAUGGUAUUCACUCUACGUUUGAUCCACAUCUUUGCCAUUCAUAAGCAGCUGGGCCCCAAGAUCAUCAUUGUGGAGAGAAUGAUGAAGGACGUCUUUUUCUUCCUAUUCUUCCUGAGUGUGUGGCUCAUUGCGUACGGCGUGGCCACCCAGGCUCUUCUCCACCCCAAUGACCCAAGGAUUGACUGGGUGUUUCGCAGAGCCUUGUAUCGCCCUUACCUGCACAUUUUCGGCCAGAUCCCACUGGAGGAAAUAGAUGCUGCUCGUAUGCCUGAAAUUAACUGCACCGAUGACUCAGAGGAGAUUAUCAAAGGCCUACGGCCGCCAUGUCCCAACGUGUAUGCCAACUGGCUGGUCAUCCUGCUUCUGGUCAUCUUCCUUCUUGUCACCAAUGUCCUGCUACUUAACCUGCUCAUUGCCAUGUUCAGCUACACCUUCCAGGUAGUGCAGGGCAACACAGACAUUUUCUGGAAGUUCCAGAGAUACAACCUGAUCGUGGAGUACCACAGCCGCCCAGCACUGGCUCCACCCUUCAUCAUCAUCAGCCACCUCUCUCAGCUCUUCCUCUGCCUUGUCAAACGGCCUGAGUCCAAACAGGAGCAUCUUGAGAGAGAGCUGCCAGCAGGACUAGACCAGAGGCUGAUAACAUGGGAGACGGUGCAGAAAGAAAACUACCUGGCCAAACUGGAGCGGCAGCACUGGGAGAGCAGUGAGGAGAGACUCAAGAGUACCUCCUCAAAGGUCCAGAGCUUGCUGAGGAUUGUUGGUGGGUUCAAGGACCAAGAGAAACGACUGGCAGCCCUGGAAGCUCAGGUCAGAUACUGUGUAGAUGUGUUGUCCUGGAUGGCGGAGUGCUUUGCUAAGAGCACACUGAAGUGUGGGAAAGACGCUCCGAGAGCUCCAGUGUCUUUGGCAGGCUGCAAGGCAAGCAGCCACAGCAACGAGGCACCUCAAAGUCAACCAGAGAAAGAAGCCAAACAAGAAGGAGCAGAAGCCAGACCAGGUCAUCCAGGAUAUGGAGCUAACAAAAAGUUUCCUUACAUUGAUGAAUAAAAGCAAUAAGAUUAGCUGGUAGCAUACAGCCAGCCAAUUACAAUACUAUAAGUCUUUUUUUUUUAAUAUACUAAGGUAUGAUGAUAUAAUUGGAGGAAAUGGGCACUUUUGGUUUUGCAUUUGAUUUAAUAAAAUUAUAUGGUAUCAACAGAUGUCCUCCUGGUUUUUAAUAAUGAUCAAUAAUAAUAUUUUUUCCUCAUAUAUUAUAUAGCCCAAGUGAGUAGAAGACAUUAAAUGAUAGAUACUACGGUGAGUAUGUGUUUAAGUAGGCUUGGCUGUGAUUAGUAAAUACUUUAAUAGUUGUUUUUUCAGUAUUGUAUAUUUAAUUCUUAUAGAGCAAACAACCAUUCAUGUAUUACAAUGAUAAUAUUGAUCAUUAUUUACACAGUGGAAGGCCAUCACAAUACUAAAGGCACAAAAAGAAGACAGGAAAUACAAUUCAGGCUAUUACCUACAGCUGUAAACCCUAACCGGGCAGCAUAUUGUUUUAAAGUACUGAUGCAUGACGUUAGCUUACUAACUCUUAUCUACUAUUGAUAAAUACAGUAGUAAGUUAACUUCAUGUUUUUUUUUUCUCUACACAGAUCACAUUAGGCAGGAACUUGUGAGAAAGGCACCAUAAACUCUAUUAAAAGCUAAAAGAGCAACUCACUGACUGUAACAGCUGUACUAUUCAGCAAAAAUUUACAGCAGUGAUGAAAGCUGGUGACAGAGGGCCCACCGAGUUCAAAGAGUGCUGUCAUUUUUUUGCUGAUGACAAAAUACAAAUACAGUCAAAAGUAAUGAAGUAUGGCAUGCUAAAAUCCAAAAGCAGUUUGUGUUUUGAGUUACUUUCUCUUACAAUAAAAUAACUUAAAGGUACCCCGUGGAAUUUUCUUGAAAUCAAACAGUUAUGUUUACAGACAGUGUUUCUCAUCAAGAUGUACUGUACGUACUCUUGAAGCUCAAAAAUGUCUUGAAUGCAUUUCCUUCUUCAUAAAACAUUUUUACAUCAGUUUCUAUUAGCACAUUGUUAUGCUGUUUGCCAUUUUACCACCACAAUAAAAUGUCAAUCAUCAAAUGUCGAUCAGUGGAAUAUCGUAAAAAUGGAGGGACGUCAUAUAUAUGUUCUUGCCUUAAACGCAGCUUCACUCUCUCCAAUUAACAUGAUAAUCCUCUGCUUCAUGGUUCAAUCACUGAGAAAUGGAUACCGUGUUCCAAGAUGGCACCUCAUUAAUUCCAAAGAAGUUGCUCACCUGGCGCAUACACAGAAAAGGUUGUCCAGGUUUCCAUGUUUUUGGGUCCACAGUGCAUGCACAUUAGAGUCCCUGAAUAGCUAAGCCAACUGACUUUCUGCACACAUGGUCAAAAACGUCUUUUGUAAUAUUUUUUUUGUAAAAAAAACUGUGAAUGGGAAAAAAAAUCUUUUUGAGAACAAGCCACUAGUGGUCAAAAACUCCACAGGGUAUCUUUAACAUUCAGUGCUGUCUCCAAAACCCAGAAAAAAAACCUUAUUCAGUCUGCAGGUUGCAAAUGGACAUUUCAAACAGGUAUUUUCAGCUCCUAUCUGCUGAACAUACAAGGCUUUCUGAAAGUUUGUACCAUACAGGUGUGAGUACAUUUACAAUUUAAAAUUAUUUGAAAUAUAAUGAUUGCAUAAAUUUCUGAAAAACAAAAAUCACAUUAACAAAAAAUGGUGAACAAAUAAAUACUAGCAUACUUGCACUGUCAAAAUUUUGAAUGGGUAUGAACACCAAUUUUCUUCCUCCUAAUGUUCAACCAUUAAAA